GAAAGAAAUCACUUCCAGUCCCACCCUCUGGAGAGGUGGGCAGAGGUGCCGGGAGGGCACUGGGGACAUCAUUUCCUCCCUUCAAGGAGACGCUCAGAGGCUCCCGCCCAGCCACGCAGUUGCUGUGGGCACCGGCUCGGAGAAUGGUCGGGAGCAGCGAGGUGGUGAGCGAUACGGUGACCAGCCUGCCUGGGGCCAGUGUGACCCUGACCUGCCCGGGCGGGGAGCCGGGGGACAAGGCCACUGUUCACUGGCUGCUGGGGAACCGUGUGGCAGGCUCACACCAGAGCGGCUGGGCUGCCAUGGGAAGGAGGCUGCUUCUGAGGUCGGUGCAGCUCAGUGACUCCGGAAACUAUUCAUGUUACCAGGACGGCCGCCUGGCCGGAACCGUGCGUUUGCUGGUGGACGUGCCCCCUGAGGAGCCCCAGCUCACCUGCUUCCGGAAGAGUCCCCUCAGCAAGGUAGUCUGUGAGUGGGGUCCUCGGCGCCCACCCUCCCCGACGACCAGGGCCACGUUACUGGUGAGGAAGUUCCGGAGCAGCCCGCUGGGGGACUCCCAGGAGCCGUGCCCGUAUGCCCAGGGGUCCCAGAAGUUCUCCUGCUUGCUGGAGGUCCCGGAGGGAGACAACUCCUUGUAUGUCGUGUCCCUCUGCGUCAGCAACAGUGCUGGAAGCAAGUCCGGCAGACCCCACACGUUUGAGGGCUACGGAAUCCUGCAGCCUGACCCGCCUGCCAACGUCACUGUCACUGCUGUGGACGGAAAUCCCCGCUGGCUCAGUGUCACCUGGAAAGACCCCCCCUCCUGGAACUCCUAUUUCUACAGGCUGCAGUUUGAGCUCCGGUACCGGGCUGAACGGUCAAAGACGUUCACCACGUGGAUGGUCCAGGAGCUCCAGCACCACUGCAUCAUCCACGAUGCCUGGAGAGGCAUGCGGCACGUGGUGCAGCUCCGGGCGCGGGAGGAGUUUGGGCACGGCUCCUGGAGCGCCUGGAGCCAGGAGGCCACGGGCACCCCCUGGACAGAAUCCAGGAGCCCUCCAGCUGAGAGCGAGGCGUCGUCUUCCACGCAGGCACUGACUACUAACAAGGACAAUGAAAGUAGUCUCCCUAAAAAUCCUGCAAAUGCAACCAGCCUCCCAGGUAAGGACCGGGUAUUUUUUCUGGUGGUCUAAGGGGCACAGAAUGCUUCUCUGACUUGGAAAUGUUGCCAGAAGGCCAGUCCGCAGAAGGAAAGGGGCAACGGCAGAAAUGCUGAGGGAACCAUAAGCAGAGUGGCGCAGACCAGUGAAACGUCCCUCAGUUGGCCCAGAAUACGAAUACACGGGCCACAGACAACGUUACUGGAGUCUGAAAUGGAAAACGUGUUGAGGGAAGCCUUUAUUUUGGGCGCCCUUGACUCCAGGGCUCUGCUUCCCUAUUACCUGCGAGACCAGGAGAGCUUACCAACAUCUGCACCAGGAAGAGUCACGGGUCUGCCCUACGUGCGGGCCUCCUGGGGUCUGGACUCUGGAGCCUCAGCCCUGGGGCAGCCGCGUCUGACGGCUCUUGGCGUUCUGAGGAGGCCCUUGGCCUCUGCCCCCACGCAGGCCGCCCAGGCCCGCAUCCCGGGGGCAAGCCCUGCUAACUGCCUGGGGCUGGGGACUCAAGGCGAGUGAGCCCCUCCCCCCGUCUCCGGGGCUGUGCUGUGCGGGGGCGGCGGGGGGGCCCUCAGGCUCAGACAAAGAGGCCCGUGUAAGUUAACAGAGGGCUGGGAGACAGGCCAAACAGAGGCGGAGAUAGAGCAAAGGGCAGCUUAGAGAU